GAAAAAUUGAGUGAAAUUGAGAUGAGAGAAAAGGUUGAGGAGAGAGAAGAGAGAAUUUUUUUUAAUACAUAUGUCAAUUUUUAAAUGAAAAGACGAGUGUGCUCCGUAGCAUAUUAAAAAUUGUGGUGGCAUGAUUUCCAUUUUCUAUUUCUUACUCUUAAUCCCUUUGUUUUUAUUUUUAAUUUUUUUAGCUAUACCAUAUUUUAAGGUGAGAUUUAGUUGGGUCGAGGCCCAAUUAUGACAGCAAUGGCGGCUUGUCUGCAAAUUGUUCAUCCCAAACCUCUGAAACCGUUUGAGUCCUUCUCCUUCCGGAGGCCAACAAAUUCAGUGAGGUGUUCCUCCGCCGCCGCCACCUCUCAUUCGAAACGCUCUUACACGAUCACUCUCCUUCCCGGAGAUGGCAUCGGCCCCGAAGUCAUCUCCGUCGCCAAAGACGUUCUUCUCCUCGCUGGCUCUCUCCACGGGAUCCAAUACGAGUUUCGAGAGAUGCUCCUUGGUGGAGCUGCAUUUGAUGCCACCGGAGUCCCCUUACCCGACGACACCCUUUCUGUCGCUAAGCAAUCUGAUGCUGUUCUGCUUGGUGCCAUUGGAGGGUAUAAAUGGGAUAAAAAUGAGAAACAUCUUAAGCCAGAGACUGGGUUGCUUCAGCUACGACAAGGGCUUCGAGUUUUUGCUAAUCUGAGACCAGCAACUGUAUUCCCACAGUUAGUGGAUGCUUCAACUUUGAAGAGAGAGGUUGCUGAAGGGGUUGAUCUCAUGGUUGUUAGGGAACUCACUGGAGGUAUCUAUUUUGGAAAACCCAGGGGCUUUGGUACCAAUGAAAAUGGUGAAGAGAUUGGCUUUAAUACUGAAAUUUAUGCUGCACAUGAGAUUGAUCGCAUAGCUCGUUUUGCAUUUGAGAUUGCUCGGAAGCGUCGUGGGAAACUUUGCUCUGUUGACAAAGCCAAUGUACUAGAGGCAUCAAUGUUCUGGAGGAAAAGGGUUUUGGCAUUAGCACAAGAAUAUCCUGAUGUUGAGCUCUCACACAUGUAUGUUGAUAAUGCCUCAAUGCAACUAAUUCGCUAUCCAAAACAGUUUGACACGAUUGUAACAAACAACAUUUUUGGCGAUAUAUUAUCAGAUGAGGCUUCAAUGAUCACUGGAAGUAUUGGGAUGCUUCCUUCUGCUAGCCUUGGGGAUUCGGGACCGGGACUUUUUGAACCGAUACAUGGUUCUGCACCUGAUAUUGCUGGACAGGACAAGGCAAACCCAUUUGCUACUGUUCUUAGCGCAGCUAUGCUUUUGAGAUAUGGCCUUGGAGAAGAAAAGGCCGCUGAAAGAAUAGAGAAUGCUGUUCUGGACACUUUGAACAGGGGAUUUCGAACUGCUGACAUAUAUUCCGCUGGAACAAAGCUGGUAGGAUGCAAACAACUAGGUGAGGAGAUACUGAAGUCAGUAGAAUCUCACGUUCCUGUUGCUGCUUCAGUGUGAUUUGAGAUCAACCCAGCACAGAAUUUUAGGGCCUGGUUUGUCUUGGAGAUCACUAUGACUGCCAAAGCUGAAAAAAUCUCCCUACUCUGGAUCUGGAGAGUUCUGGGUUUCCUUCUACAUUUUAUGUAUUUUGGUUUCAACACCCAGCCUAUGUCUUGUUGAACUUUCUGAAAGUAGCAAGGUUGUUCUUUUGUGCUGGGAUUAAUAGUUAGUUGCUUAGUUUCACUUAAAUGCUAAGCUGCCUGUAAUAUUAGAACAAUGAUUGAUGGAGAAUGUUUUUUUUUUUUUGGAAUUAAUCCGAUCCUAAUUACCUCUU